UAUUUCUGAUGCAUAUGUAAUCAAAUAAUAAACAAGUUUAUCAAAAGGCAUAGUGAUAUUGAUAUCAUCAAUAUUGUGAAUCGAAGUCAAAUCACUCCGAUUUCAAUUCAUUUUUGAGCUUCAUUCUGCAUACUUCAGUGUUUUUUUUUCGCGAAUUUCAUGGCUGACAAACAAUGUGGCAAUGAUCGUCGUAGCAUGACCAUUUCGGUAACAGUUUUAGGUAUCACUCUUGCCGUUGUAUUUUUAGCAUACCAUGCAUUCAGCGAAAAUAACAACGAUUCAAAUCAAUCAACCGUGAAAUUUGCAGCAAUUGUUUUUCGACAUGGCGAAAGAUCACCUUCGGGACUUUAUCCAAAUGAUCCACACCUCAAUUAUUCUUGGCUGGGUGGAUUUGGCGCUUUAACGUUGAAAGGAGCAUUUCAAGGGUAUACUCUUGGAACGAAGCUCCGAAAUCGAUACAUAAAAUUGUUACCAUCCAAUGGAUUUUAUACAACAAAAGAGAUGUAUGUAUUAAGCAGUGCUGCCGAAAGAUGUUUAAUGACGGCACAGACUUUUCUCGCCGGAUUCUUACCUCCGCCCAAUGGCCAUCAAUUACCUAUAAAAUGGCAACCUGUUGCCGUUAAUUCUGUAUCUCGAGACCGAGAUAGGUUAAUAUCGCAGAAAGGGAUUUGUCCUAAGUAUGAUGAAAUGCUGAAAAAAAUGUAUACAGAUCCACCUGCGGAGCUGAAGAAAUUCGUGGAAGAAAACGCUGAAUUAUUUACUUAUAUCAGCGAAAAAACGGGAGGGAACAUCACUAAUGUUCAUCAAGGCGAACAACUGUAUAAUAUAUUGUCGAUUGAACGGGACAAUGGGCUGGAGUUGCCGAAAUGGACGGAAUCUGUGUUUCCAGACAAACUUUUGGCACUCGCUGAACGUAAUCUAGCCGUUCUCACUGAAAACGAUUACAUGAAACGAGUGAAAGGAGGAUCACUUGUUACCGAUAUUCUUGAUCACAUGCUUCAAUUAAAAAAUAAUCAAAAUCAGCGAAACAUUUUCAUUUACUCUGGUCACGAUGUAACACUUGUGAAUACAAUGCGGGCAUUGGAUGUUAUUUCGCAAACAACAAAAAAACCCGACUAUACAUCCAGUUUGCACUUUGAAUUACAUCAAAAUCCAACUCUUGACAAUGAUCUUGAAGUCAAGAUUUUCUUCGGCUUCAAUCAUGAGAGUGAUUUAAAAGCAAUUGAUAUACCAAAUUGUGAUUCACCUUGCUCCUUAGAGAAAUUUACUGAGGCAAUUGAACCAAUCAUUAUUCGUGAUUACGAUGAAACGUGUGCAUUAUAGAUAAUUGUAUUUUAACACUUCUGACAAUAAAUUCGAUUAUUACAAAAAAUUACAUUCCAAA